AAUUGCUAGCCGCUCAACAAUGUGGUUGGCAGGAUCGACGUUAUUUUUGAUCUGCUCGGUAAUUCCGAAAUUACAUGGAUUUCAAACUCGAGUUUGGGAGAUAUUCGAGAUGGACAUAACCUUACUACCUCCAUGGUCGGUACUCCGGACUUAUGCUUUGUCAGAAACUUCAUGUCGGCUGCUCGGGAGUUCCCCCGACCUCCUAAUAAACCUCGCCUGCUACAAAGACAACGAAUGUCUGCUGGUCAACUCUAACCUCUCACUCGUCCGGUCAGCGCAAACUCCUGGUUGGGUUUGUCUCGAAUCCCGAGUGUGCAUCUCGUCCACGGGCGUGGCGGUCACUAAAGGCUUCCAGGAGGCAGACGCCGUGUGUCCUGCGAACUUCCGACGCGUCUGUACUUCUGAUGGCAUGAGAAGCCUGCCCUUGGCAAGCUUAGCUCAUCCAAAGGCGACCAAAUGCCAGCGUCCGUUCACAAUGACAAGCUAUGGCUGCGUGUUCCUAAACCUGAAGCCGUACACGCCGUGCGAGGCCCGUAGACUUUGUCUACUGUACGGUGGUGACCUAGCGUCUCCUGCAACACCCAAUGACGUGAAAGCACUUCUCAAUUACGUCCAGACUGAUAUAGGAACGCAAUACCAAAUCUGGAUUGGGCUGUUCCGUUGGAACGGAAAUUGGGAGUACAUCCGGAAUGGUCGGGAUCCUGGCACCUUCGGUCAGGGGGACUGGGGACCGGACGAGCCCGAUAACGGUCCCGGGGAAUUUUGUGGGCGCGUCAUAUUUCACCAAGGCCAGAUGAUCGUGGGGGAUCGGGCAUGCACUUUUGCCUCUCAAUCGCUCUGUGAAAUUCAUAUUUAA